AGAGGUGUAAAGAGUGGAAGACACUCGGCGGUAAACAGCCGGGGUUUGAUCUGACAUCCGAGGGUUUGCUCACCUUGGUCGAGGGCAUAAACAAAGCAUAUGCGGUAGAGGUGUGUCGCUGACCGAAAGAGUGUCAUUGGAGGAAGAUCAAUUGUCAAAGAAUUGGUAAGGGACAUACUCAAAUCCGCAACAUACAACCUACACUCCUCCAAAGGCAUUGGAUCUCCGGGUCACCGUUGAUAUGUCACCCCUGUCGAUGACACCCGCUUGAGCCUCAUCGUUCUCUCGGGCCCAGACAUCUGCCGUGAUCCACCAGCCGAAGCUUAGGCACCGUUGACUGGCAGGGAUGCUAGCUAUCACCACCACCAUCACCACCACCACCACCAACCUGCUGGGUGGUGCUUGGUCAGGGGUAUAAGUGUUCGGGUCCCUCUCCCAACAUCGAAUGAGAAAUAUUCCCCCAAGUCGUUGGCCUUUAACUUGUCUCGUCCAGUUACCUAUCACACCGUCACCAGUCUACAAUACCCAUGAGAGUGGAGCGCUAGACUUAUCCGCCAACACUCCCUCCCGCCUUGUUCCUGUCGCUUAUUCCACUCCAGCCGCUGAUCGCCUACCAUGGCCGACACUCGAAAGCCAGCCGAAGCAGGCCCGGCAAGACACUCUCACGGCGCACCAUCAGCUUCGUUCCCAACCCACAACUCGCCACGGACGUGGUUUCUCACAUCCUCGCUAUCACCGCUAUGUAUACGGUUGAUCCGGUUAUUACUAGCACACGGUGACUACGUGGUGGCCUGUCUACCACCGGCAGAAAUCGAAAACGACGACAGAAGCGCCGAGUUCCGUGAGCUCAUCAACGAAUGCAAGAGCAACCGCAAAGACCGCGAAGGAUGGAAAGAUCGAAUCAGGGGUAUCCGGUGCGACGGCCGGGUGAUGGGGCAGAGUGGUGCUGCCAUAGCGGAAGCCGUCCAAGUCUUUGGCCGAAUUGAUAUCUUGCUAUGUUGCAAGUUUGAAGCUGUCAUCGGCACGGUAGAAGAACUCUCCACCACCCCCCGGACCCGCAACCUCGUCCGCGACCAGUUUGAAACCAUCUUCUUCUCCCAAGUCAACUUUAUCAAAGCCGCCCUCCCCCAGUUCCGCGCUCAGCACACAGGUCACAUCAUCAUUCUCACUAGCAUCGGCGGGCAUAUCGGUACCCCGGGCAUGUCGAUCUACACCGCCGCCACCUGGGCCCUCGAAGGCUACUGCGACUCCUUGGCCUACGAAAUCGCCCCCUUCAACAUCAAGGUCACUGUUGUCCAACCCAACAAGGAGAUCCAAUCCCUCACCAACAAGAUCGUCUUCGCGCCUCAGCUACCGUACUAUGACUCUGAUGUGAACCCAGCACCGUCGGUAAGGGAGAUUUACGGGAAUAUGCUGAACGCCAACCCAGAGACGGCGAUUGAUCACCUUGUGGGAGCGGAGGAGAGGCCGGAUGAUAUACAAUAUCGGUAUCCUAAACUGCCGGCGGCGGCGUAUGACAAGCUGGUGAUGGAGACGGUGCAUGCCUUGACGGCCAUUGGGGGACAUGAGAACCCGCCGGCGAGGCAUAUUGUUGGGUUUGACGGGGCGAUUGCUGUGAAGGAGAAGUUGAAGACGGUGACGGAGGAGUUGGAGGAUUUUGUGGAGGCGAGCGUGGCGGUGGAUAUUUUUGAUAGUGAGCUGAAGAAGGAGGCGAGGCAGGGGGGGGAAAAUAGGGAGGGAGGAGGGGGUGAGCAGGGGAGGUAUAUGAGCGAGGAUGUGCAGAUAGGGAUGAUGUGA